AUGCUCUACCAUAUCAAUGCUUGGUUAACUAUACUAUCGAUAUCCCCGAUUCCUGCAUUGUGCUACACUACGUACUGCAAAUGCCAGUGUGAUGAAAAUUAUUCGAUCUACUCAUUGGCCGAAGAUGAGAGUUGUAAGGUGUGCAAUGCUGAUUACUGUCUACAAAAAGGGGGACAAUUAUGCAUAGAUAAGAGUGAAGAUGAGGCCAGGAAAGCUAUUACGACACUAUGCUUUGUUGCACAUUUCUUGCCUCAGAUCAUGUCGAAUACAUCUCCGCAAAAUUCAUCAGAGGCCAGUGCUACUACUGUUACUCCAGUGGAUGCUACAGCAGGUGCUAUAAGCGCCAAACGCGCUACUGCCCCCACUGGUCCUAAUACUGCCGAGGCUACCGCUUCUACAACGGCUUCACCAGCUGGUCCAGCAUCUGCAUCAUCGUAUACCUCAUCAUUGAACGCACAAUUGUCUGAACAGCCUCCUCAGCAGUCUCACCGCAGGGGUUCAUCUUCAUACCAUCGCAACAAUCACAGAAACUACAACAACCACCAUCACUAUCCGCAACAUCAGCAGAAUCCCAUGUACGCUGCCCCUGGUAAUUGGCAGGGUUAUAUGGCUCCUCUGCCUCAGUAUUAUCAGGGCUACUAUUCUCCUCAGGGCUACUAUGCUCCUGGUCCUGCGCCAGGUGUCGGUUACACGGCUGGUCCUAUGCCAACAGCACCAGGUGCCCCACCACUUUCCGUUGCAGGUGGCAUCCCUGGUGCCGUUCCUCCGGGAGUAACUCCACAAGUAUCAUCGGUUGCCCCAGUGCCUACUGGUGGUUUGCCUCAUCCAAUAGAUUUGCCUGCACGUCCAGUCUCUCGCACCCCGGCGUUCUCUCCGGUAAAAAAGAUUGCUGGCCUCAGCAUCAAAACCAAAGACGGAUUACCAGUGACAUUUGCCAGAGGACACAAUAAGACUCCUUCUUAUUCCAGUGCCAAUUCGUCCACCACCUCGACUCCAUCUGUUCCUGUCGCUCAGCUUGCCACCGCAUCCGCUACCAAGGUCCCUGCUAAGCCAAAGGACGAUAAAACGAGAAAGACUAAUGAAGAUUUCAAGGCUGCAUUCCUUGCAAAGUUAAAGGCUAGAGACAUUAAGCUAGGUGUGAAAAAGUCCUCGCCAAAGCCAGAAGUGAAGGUUGAAGCAAAGAAGGAGGCCGAAAAAUCAGAGCCAGAAGCCAAGGAUAAAUUACAGAUUAGCAAGGUUGAACAAGAAGUGAAAGAAGUCAAACAAGAAAUCAAAGAGGUCAAGCCAGAAAUAGAAGAAGUUGAAGGCAUACUGGCCAGAAAGGCCGAAACAAAUCCCAAGUUCUCGGAGGCCAAGCCAGAGGAAGUCUCUGAGAUUAAACCAGAGACUAAACCUGAAGUUUUGGUGACUAAACCAGAAGUUCCCGAGACUGAGCCAGAGGCUAAACCUGAAGUUCAGGUGACUGAACCAGUAGUUUCCGAGACCCAGCCAGAGACAAAACCUGAAGUUCCCGAGACUAAACCAGUAGUUCCCGAGACUAAACCAGAGACUAAACCGGAAGCUUUGGUGACUAAAGCAGAAGUUCCAGAGGCCAAGCCAGAAGUCUCUGAGACUAAACCAGUUACUAAACUGGAAGUUUUGGAGACCGAACUAGAAGUUAAUCUAGAAGCUCUUGAUACCAAGCCAGAAGUGAAGGAGACCACACAAAUAGAGAGUAAACAAGAAACUGCAGAACCUGAAAUCAGCGUUCCAGCUCCAGUUACUCCUAUUUCACCUGUUACACCUGUUACACCUGUUACGCCUGUAACUCCUGUUACUCCUGCCGCUUCAGUUUCUUUUGCUACUCCUGCCUCAGUUGAAGCCUCAACUUCCGUUACUCCUGUUGCACCUACGGAUACAGCUUCUGUUGCUCCUCCAGAAGCUUCCACUGAAUCUCUUACGGAGACUUCAGAUAAGCCAGAGCCUACGAUGACAGACUUUUUUGCUCACAUUCAAGCCGCUAAACCUGUUACAGACCCAUACAAGUUCUCUUACCCAGAAGGAGUGGAAUUGCCAGUGAAGAAGUUUGAAACAUACCACAAAAUCACCUAUGAUCCGGGCUUUUUAAUCCAAUUCUGUGAUCAUUGUAACUUCGCCGUUGACAAAAAAUGGCAGGCACAAUAUAGCUCUAAGAUUGUUAUUCCAGAAGGACGUGGAGGAGGAAGAAGAAAUAACAGUCAGUUUGGCCGUGGUAUGUCACGGAGUGCUGCUAUACGAGGAGACUUCAACGGAUCUAGGAACGGAUCUAGGGGAGGUUCUAGACGCCGGAUAGUUCGUGAGAAGAGCGGACAGGGAUCGAAAAGAAGAAGAGGCGAUAGAAACAAUAGUGAAUUUUCACGUAGGGGUCACUACGGUGAUAAUAGAGAGGGUAGGGAAUCUGUGGAAUUUAGUGAGUCUACAACUGCAUCUCACGAAGCAGCAGCUGCAGCUGCUCCCGCCAUGGAGUUUGAGCCUCUUAAACCUACCAAGAACAGAUGGGUUCCAAAAUCGCUGAAACAGAAAGAUAAAGAAGUUAAAUAUGCUCCCGAUGGAGUCACUGUGCUGUUGGACGAUGAUGAUGUCAAGUCCAAGAUUCAGUCUCUUCUUAACAAGCUUUCCUUGGAGAUGUUCGAGCAAAUUUCGGACGAAAUGUUGGCGGUUGCUAACCAGUCCAAAUGGGAAGAUGAUGCUCAUACAUUGAAGCGUGUGAUUGAGCUUACAUUCGCUAAAGCUUGUGACGAGGCUCAUUGGUCUAACAUGUACGCCAAGUGGUGCCUCAAGCUCUGUAAGACGAUUGAUCCCGAAGUGAGAGACGCCAAAGAUGAGGACAUCAACGAAUCAAGAAAUUCAGGUUCUCAAUUGUUCCACUACCUUUUGGUUUCCCGUUGUCAGACAGAGUAUGAAAAAGGUUGGGAGGACAAACUUCCUUCCAACGAUGACGGUUCUGCAUUGGAACCAGAGAUGAUGUCCGAUGAUUAUUAUAAGAUGGCUGCAGCAAAGAGAAGAGGACUUGGUUUGGUGCGCUUUAUUGGUGAGUUGUUCAGUUACCAGUUACUUAACCGUCAUGUGAUUAUGCGUUGUAUAGUGCAGAUUUUGAGCAAUGAAGAACCUUCCGAGGAAGCUAUGGAAACCUUGACGCAGCUGUUGAGAACGUGUGGUCCUGCUUUAGAUCAAACUACAGAGGGCAAACAUCAUUUGGACUUGUCUUUCUCCAAGAUCAACAAUAUUAUGGAGAACUCCAAAAUGUCUUCUCGUAUUAAGUUUAAGAUGUUGGAUUUAAUGGACAUGAGACGUAAAAACUGGAGAGACAAGGAAGUGGAGACUGGUCCAAAGACUAUUACCGAGAUUCAUGCUGAUGCCGACAGAAAGAGAGAAAAGGAAGAGAUGGAUAAAGAGAGAAGAAGACACCAUGGACGUGGUGGCGAUAGACGUGAAAGUGAUAGACGUGAGAACCAUUCUUCAAGAUCAGGCUCGCGUUGGGGAUCUUCUGACAGACUUUCGUCCAAGGACCUAUCUAAGGUUGGUGUUGUGAGAAACUCUUCCGAAGGCUCAUUGGGCCCAUUUAAAAAAUCUAAAGCAUUCCAGACUUUGGCUUCCAUGAGAAGAAACCAGAGGUCGUCUGAUAAUUUCACUACAGUUUCGGGAAGUAUGAGAUCUUCAUCCACGAGGUCAACGAGGUCUCCUUCUACACCAGAACCUGUCGUUGAACCAAGGGAAGUUUCGAGAAAUAGAUUCGCCGCUUUGAACCUUGAUGACGAGGAGAACGAUGAAGACGCUGAAGAUGCUGAGAUUGUCAUCACGAAGGCUCAGUCUGGAAGUGAUGAUAAGAAAGACGAACAGUAA